AUGAUUUACAAAAAACAAGUUUCAAAAAAUGUCAAAAAAAUUUUUAUUUUAAUUAUUGCAUUUUGUUUAAAUGAGGUUAAUAGUGUUGAGUUUUACACUGAAAAACCUGCAUUUUUACCAUCCUGUAAAAUAUAUGAGCCCGGUUUUACAAAAUGCUCAACAAAUACAAUUCAGAAAUUAAUUGAUCAACUUAUUAUUGGAAUACCUGAAAUAACAGCAACCUUUGGACCCUUUGAUCCCAUGCAUGUGAAAAAUAUCAUAUUUAAACAAGAUAGCACUGAAGCAGCAUCGAUUCGUGCUAAUUUAACCAAUGUUUUCGUAAAAGGUUUUUCUAAGAUGAAAAUAAAACAAAGCAAAGUGAGUAAAAAAGAUUUCAGUUGGGACACGAAAAUAUUUCUACCAAAAAUGCGUAUGGAUGCAGAUUAUACUAUGGAAGGUAAAAUAUUGCUUAUACCAUUGCAAGGAAAAGGCACGAUAUUUAUAGAAAUUGAAAAUUUAGAUAUAUAUAUGCAUACAAUCAUACAGCUUUACGAGAAAGGCGGCUUUACUUUCGAUAAUAUAACUAAUAUUAAUGUUGAUCUUAACAUGACCCGUGUACGCACACAUCUCACCAAUUUAUUCAAUGGAGCCAGUAAAGAGGUAGAGGACAGUACAAAUAAAUUCUUCAAUGACAAUUGGAGAGAUUUUUACGAAGCACUUAAGCCCAUUAUUGUGGAAACAGUUGAAGGCAUUUUAUACGAUGUAAUGAGUAAAGUUUUUCAUCUUAUACCAGCAAACUUCUUCAUUGAAGAUAUACCAACUUCAGAAAAAUUAUAUGGAAAGGCAAAUACAGCUUAAAUUUCUUAUGUGAUAUUAAUCAGAUAUUUUAUUA